AUGCAGCAGGGUUGCGGAGAAGCAUGGAGCGGAAUGGGAGGCGGCCUAGGGCUGCUUGGGCCUGAUCUGAGCACUUGGCCGGCGGUUGUGGGCUGCAGAAUGGUUUCAAAGGAUGUGUGGGUUGUCGAUACAGAGUGCUCGCGGACGGAUGAAGAGUCUGUCAAUGGGGAAGUGGCGAUCCACAAGGAGCGAUUUUUGAUACUUGAAGCUACCGGAGAGGUUAUAGCUUCGGCCUCUUCAGCGCGACCUGUACAGCAACAUGAGAGUGAUAAUGUCAUUGAGGGAUGUCGAGUGAGACCCGAUUGGUUUGCGCGGAUCCAGCAGGGCGAUGCCUCCCACCCGCUUCUCCAGAUGAUCAAAACGAAGGAGGAAGACGCGUAUCCGGCGGGAAUCUCCAAAUCAUGGCAGAGCAGGGUUGGAAAUGAUCAGGAAUUGUUGAAGACAGCAGAACGAGCUGUUCUGGCUAGCUGCGCGCUGAACAGCACAAGCGGCUGCAAGAUGACGGCUGUGGAAAUGGACGCUGAGAGCAUUGGAAAGUCCACAGUAGUUCCCAGGUCAAAGGCUGGAGAGCGCGUUGCCUUGUAUUUGCCAGAGUCUCUUCAAGUUCUGUCUGUCCAUAUCCCUCUCGAGCCGUUCCAUCCCGCCCUAGCCCAAGUCCAUCGCCAAACAGGUCACUCGCAAUACGUCUUGCGGGAUACUGGUCAGAUUGUUGGUAACGAGGACGGCGUCGCGCCCUUGUGGCAGGGAUUGCUGGGAUGCGAUUAUGCUGGUCAGAGGGACGAUAAGCUGGCGGAAAGUUUUUGGCAAGGUUGGGAAGAGAGGUUGUUGUCAUAG